GAGCCGCGCACCAAGCGCUGGGCAUCAGUACACGCUUUGCGCUCAGCGGCAGCAGAUCGUCCAUGUGAGAACGUGUUGCCUCCUCCUGUUCCACGCGUGUGUCCGUGUCUGUGUUUGUGCGAAAACUAAACAGCGCACAAAUAUUUGUGCAUAUUAGAGAAACAGAGAGGAACAGCGACGGGCAGAGAGAGAGAGAGAGAAAGACAGGGAGAGACUUCCUGUCUGCGUUUCUAAUUCCCCAGCGUAUCCACACGCGUGCUGCAACGGCAACGACGCGGAUUUGAACCAGCGCGCCAGCCAGAAACAACUUCAAUCGACAACGACUCCAGCGGCAUCCGCUGACGGUUUUUUUGUGAUUUUGUUGUGUUUCUCGUUUAACAAACUCCAACAUGCAUACGCCGGCUGGUAAGGUGUCGGGCUACGUUGUCCUGAUGAUUGUGCAAAUAGUUUUCCUGGUGCUAUUCUGGCUUUUCGUGCGUUACGAAAAGUCCGCCAUGCCGUCGCAACUCGUCGCUGAAGACGCUGGAUCAGCAAACGAACACGUUUCAAAAUAUCCGCAAUUUCAGGAUGUUCAGGUCAUGAUAUUCAUUGGCUUUGGCUUUCUGAUGACCUUUUUGCGCAAAUACGGAUACAGUGCCACGGGCUAUACACUGUUCAUGUCCGCUUUGGUGGUGCAGUGGUCCGUCCUGAUGAAGGGUUUCCUGCACAUGGAAGGCGGCAAGAUCAGCCUUUCGCUGGAGAGCAUCAUCGAUGCGGACAUUGCCGCCGCCGUGCCGCUAAUCAGCAUGGGCGCACUUCUGGGCCGGACCACGCCCAUUCAGCUGGUAUGCAUGUCCAUCUUCGAGGUGGCCCUGUUCGCGGCCAAUGAAUACCUGGCCCUAAAUGUGCUCAGCAUCUGCGACUGUGGAGGCUCCAUCACGGUGCACGCUUUUGGCGCCUACUUUGGCCUGGCCGUGGCCCUGAUGCUGCGCCCGGCGAGUGACCAGAACGAGGCGGGCAAACACGAGGGUGCGAACUAUGCAUCCGAUAUAUUCGCUAUGAUCGGCACCACCUUUCUCUGGGUAUACUGGCCCAGCUUCAACUCGGUGCUGGCCGCCGGAUCUGGCGGCGAGCGCGCCAUUUUGAACACGUUCCUCGCAUUAGCCGCGGCAACAGUGACCACCUUCGUUGUAUCCGCACUUGUCAGCCAUGAGAAUAAAUUGGAUAUGGUGCACGUGCAGAACUCGACGCUCGCCGGCGGCGUUGCCGUUGGCACCGUUUGCAACUUGCUGCUCGGCGCGCACGGCGCUGUCUUAAUUGGCAUUAUCGCCGGCACGGUUUCGGUGCUCGGCUAUCGCUAUUUAACCCCCUGGUUGACCAGCAAACUGCGUCUGCAUGACACGUGUGGCGUACACAAUUUGCACGGCAUGCCGGCGCUGAUAUCGGCCAUCGCCUCGGCCAUCUACGCCUCGCUGGUCACCGUGGACGACUAUCAAUCGGAGCUACAGGACAUUUUUCCAGCCAUGGUGGGCAGCAACAGCACGGCAAGCAAAAUUAUGGGCGGCCUGGGACGCAAUGCCAGCACACAGGCGGGCUAUCAACUGUUCGGCAUUGCCCUGACCUUGCUCAUAGCCAUUGGAGGCGGCAUUUUGACAGGCGCCGUCUUAAAGUAUACCAGCUUUCGGAAUCUGCAAAAGGACGAGCAGCACCAGGAUGAACAGUACUGGGAAGUGCCGGCCCUGGAGAACAAGGAGGAAUAGUAGGAGGAACUUUGAAUGUAUACCCUGCUUAACUGUGUCUACCCUGUCUACACAUGCCAAUUUAUUGAAGUGCAGUUUCGAAUAUUAUUCUCUUUUUUUUAUUAUCAUUUUCUAUUCUAACUAAGUUGCACUUGCCUGCGCACCACAUGUUUUGCUUAGCAUUUAGAAAUUGUUGUUGCUCACUUUUUGGACAACAACAUUUGCAAAGGCUUGUUAAAGCUGAAUCUGACAAUAAUUUGCUCUCGCAAACUUGUUUCGCAUAAUUUUUGUAGACAUUUUGUCGCAUUCAAUUAAAAAAGUUGCAAAAUUUACACAUUUAAUUAGUGCUAACGAAAAAUCUGUAUAAAAUACGAGUAAAAUUGUAUUA